AUGGCAAAAACAGUGAAGGCCAUCGGGUGGGGCACCAAGGACCCAUCGGGCAUCCUCUCACCUCUGGAAUUCACCCGUAGGACCACAGGCGACCACGACGUCCAGUUCCAGGUGCUCUAUUGCGGCGUGUGCCACUCGGACCUCCACCUCAUCAAGAACGAUUGGGGCUUCGCCAAGUACCCCAUGAUCCCCGGCCACGAGAUUGUCGGCGUCGUCACCGAGAUUGGUGCCAACGUCGACAAGUUCAAGGUCGGCGACAAGGUUGCCGUCGGCGUCAUGGUCGGGUCGUGCCGGAAGUGCGAGCAGUGUGCCACCAACCUCGAGAACUACUGCAAUGAGAAGCUCGACACUUACAACGGUUUGGAGCCCGACGGAUCCCUCACCUACGGCGGCUACUCCGACCUCAUGGUCGCCGAUCAGGACUUCGUCUUCCGCUGGCCCGACAAUCUCCCGAUGGACCGAGGGGCACCCCUCGUUUGCGCUGGGAUCACCACAUACAGCCCAAUCAGGUACUACGGGCUCGACAAGCCGGGCCUCCAUGUAGGGGUGGCUGGCUUGGGCGGGCUGGGCCACCUGGCUGUGAAGUUCCUCAAGGCAUUUGGGGCUAAGGUGACGGUGAUCGACAUCUCGCCCGAGAAGAAGUCGUACGCGCUAGAGACGCUCGGGGCAGACCAGUUCUUGCUGCCCAACGAGCUGGAGCAGGCCAAUGGGACGCUGGACGCAAUCCUGGACGCCAUCUCGGUUUUCCACUCGAUCCAGUCGCUAUUGAGCCUGCUGAAGCCACACGGGAAGCUGGUGGUGGUGGGGCUGCCCGAGAAGCCGUUGGAGCUGCCCAUGUUCGCUCUGGCCACGCAGAGGAAGAUGAUUGGCGGGAGCAUGAUUGGAGGGACCAAGGAGACGCAGGAGAUGCUCGAUUUUGCGGCCAAGCAUAAUAUUGUGCCGGACGUGGAGGUUAUAUCCAUGGAUUAUAUAAACACGGCCAUGGAGAGGCUGGCCAGAGGGGAUGUCAAGUACAGGUUUGUCAUUGACGUGGGGAAUAGUUUGAAGGCAUGA